UACAAAGGCAGGGCCAGGCCAGCUGCUGCCACAGCCCGGCUGCCUCCCACCUCCUGCUCCAGAGGGACCCGGUGCCGUCCAGGGGACCCAGCCCGCCCGUGCCCGCCUGGCCUCAGGAGGGGCCCAGGAAGGCCUGCGCUGGUCCAGCUUCCAUCCCCAAAGGUGGCCAUGGGCCGAGGGGCGCGCGCGCUCCUGCUGCUGCUGGGCCUGCUGCAGGGGGCCGGGGGCGGCGAGGGCAGGAAGACCUGGCGGCGCCGCGGCCAGCAGCCGCCCCCGCAGCGAGCCGAGGCGGUGCCCGCGGCCGGACCGCCCGUGGAGAGCUUCCCGCUGGACUUCACGGCCGUGGAGGGCAACAUGGACAGCUUCAUGGCGCAGGUGAAGAGCCUGGCGCAGUCCCUGUACCCCUGCUCCGCGCAGCAGCUCAACGAGGACCUGCGCCUGCACCUCCUGCUCAACACGUCGGUGACCUGCAACGACGGCAGCCCCGCCGGCUACUACCUGAAGGAGUCCAAGGGCAGUCGGCGCUGGCUGCUCUUCCUGGAAGGCGGCUGGUACUGCUUCAACCGCGAGAACUGCGACUCCCGGUACAACACGCUGCGGCGCCUCAUGAGCUCCAAGGACUGGCCGCGCACGCGCACAGGCACCGGGAUCCUGUCCUCCCAGCCCGAGGAAAACCCCCACUGGUGGAACGCCAACAUGGUCUUCAUCCCCUACUGCUCCAGUGAUGUCUGGAGUGGGGCUUCACCCAAGUCGGACAAGAAUGAAUAUGCCUUCAUGGGCGCCCUCAUCAUCCAGGAGGUGGUGCGGGAGCUCCUGGGCAAAGGGCUGAGUGGGGCCAAGGUGCUGCUGCUGGCAGGGAGCAGCGCGGGCGGCACGGGGGUGCUGCUCAACGUGGACCGCGUGGCGGAGCAGCUGCAGGAGCUGGGCCACCCCACCAUUCAGGUGCGGGGCCUGGUGGACUCGGGCUGGUUCCUGGACAACAAGCAGUACCACCGCACGGACUGCGUGGACACGGCCACCUGUGCGCCCACCGACGCCAUCCGCCUGGGCAUCAGGUACUGGAACGGGGUGGUCCCUGAGCGCUGCCGGCGCCAGUUCAAGGAGGGCGAGGAGUGGAACUGCUUCUUCGGCUACAAGGUCUACCCGACGCUGCGCUGCCCUGUGUUCGUGGUGCAGUGGCUGUUCGACGAGGCCCAGCUGACCGUGGACAACGUGCACCUCACGGGGCAGCCGGUCCAGGAGGGCCAGUGGCUGUACAUCCAGAACGUGGGCCGGGAGCUGCGGCAGACGCUCAAGGACGUGGCGGCCAGCUUCGCGCCCGCCUGCCUCUCCCACGAGAUCAUCCUCCGAAGCCACUGGACUGAGGUGCAGGUGAAGGGGACCUCACUCCCGCGGGCGCUGCACUGCUGGGACAGGAGCCUCCACGAGGGCCACAAGGGCAGCAAAACCCCUCUGAAGGGCUGCCCCGUCCACCUGGUGGACGGCUGCUCCUGGCCCCACUGCAACCCCUCGUGCCCCACCAUCCGCGACCAGCUCACAGGGCAGGAGAUGAACGUGGCCCAGUUCCUCAUGCACAUGGGCUUUGACGUGCAGGCCCUGGCGCAGCAGCAGGGUCUGGAGCCCAGCAAGCUGCUGGGGAUGCUGAGCAGUGGGAGUUAGGGCCCCCGCAAGCCCCCGGGCCCCCCCCCCCGGGCCCACCCCUCCCGGCCCCCUGCCCCUCCCGGGACAGCUGGGUCCGGACGCCCACCCCCAGCAGCCUUCACCGCCCCUCUGGACCCCGGACGCGGCCUCCCCCGCCCCCGCCUGCGGUGGGGAGACCGCGCACUGGACCCUCAGCCCCGCCCUCAGCCCAGGCUCUCCUGCCCUUUUGUAUUAUUUUAUAAAGUGACUUUUUUAUUACUUUAAUUUUUUAAAAAGGAAAAUAAGCAAGAAAUAUAUGAUGAAUGAUAUUGUUUUGUAACAUAUAUUUUUUAAAUAAUGAGAUUAAAAAAGACAACAAAAGA